UUUGCGCGACGACACUUUGCGGCAGCAGGGAAAUCGAGGAGAAAGCAGCGACGAACAGCGGAAACGCUAUCGGCUGAAAAAGCGCUGGAUUUAUGCGAUAUUCGGUCGAAUAAGUUGUAUAUUGAUUGUAUAUCAUUUGGCCUCGUGGAUGAAAUUGUGUUCAACAUUCUCCCAGCGCGAAUUUCCUCCUUAAUGCAGUGGGAUGGCCACAGUGCCGCCUGGGCCUAGUAGCGCACUGCCCGCAUCCCCGGCUGAGAUUCCUCCUUUCCCCGGGGCUGGGAGCGCGGAGCCGGCGGUGGAAGACGGAGAGCCGGCUUGCCACGGGGAGGACUGUGUACCCGCCGGCACGGGGACGAAGCCGCAGCCGGUAAGCGACGUGAAAAGGUCGGUGAAGAAGAAGCAGAAGAACAUGCUAGCGAGGGCUAGCCCGGCGGCGCUUCACCUCAAAAUGCAAGCCCGAGAGCAGCAGCAGUUGAACGGCUUGGCCAGUCCCUCGGAGGAGCCCGACGGACACCAACACGCAGGAAACCGGCCUGACAAUCCCAGAGCGUCCGUGGACAACUGUGACAGCAGCAGCAGCGGCAGCAACGAGGGGGCUCCGGCCGCUAGAAACAAUAGUGAGCACUGCCAACACGAAGGCCACAGCCCCUUCUCCAAAAACGGCAGCCACUCUCCACUGGUUAACAAUAGCAUGAACGGGAUGCCGGGCUUCUCACGAACUGAGGCGGCCCACGAAGGGAAGGAGGACUUCGACCACACGCUGCCCCUGAGACCGCCCAGCGACGAGCCGCCGGACGCUGUCGGGCCCGGCGGGGAGGGCAGCCGCGCCGACCCACAGCAGCAGCAGCCGCCGGCCGCGGAGAUGGCCCGGCUCGACCUGAGCAGCUCCCCCGGCCGAGCGGAGGGAGACAGUCACGGCAUCCGAUACGUCCGCUACGAGUCCGAGCUGCAGAUGCCGUGGAUCAUGAGACUGAUCACCAAGGACUUGUCUGAGCCUUAUUCAAUUUACACGUACAGGUACUUCAUCCACAACUGGCCGCAGCUCUGCUUUCUGGCCAUGGUGGAGCAGGAGUGUGUCGGAGCGAUUGUAUGUAAGCUUGACAUGCAUAAGAAGAUGUUUCGUCGUGGCUACAUCGCCAUGCUGGCUGUGGACUCGAAACACAGAAGGAAAAGCAUCGGUACUAAUCUGGUGAAAAAGGCCAUCUAUGCCAUGGUGGAAGGCGACUGUGACGAGGUUGUUUUGGAGACCGAGAUCACCAACAAAUCAGCCCUGAAGCUGUAUGAGAACUUGGGUUUUGUCAGAGACAAGCGGCUGUUCAGAUACUACCUGAACGGAGUGGAUGCGCUGCGGCUCAAACUGUGGCUCCGCUAGAGGAAAUCAGAGGGGACGGAGGACGACGGGACAGCGGGUGCUGUUCACCUCGAACACUAUCAGCUUGACAGCCUCAGCUCUGCCCUGGUCAUUUCGCUCUUAUCUCCACAAAUACACACACAAACACACACACACACACACACACACACACCUGUGUACAAACAUAAGGAGUAUGCACAUAGGUUUGCAUAGACACACAGACACACCCUCCUUUUAUCCUUUGACCUCUGAACAACUGUUGUUUAGGCAGAAAAUGGACUGAAAAUCCCACCAGAUGUUUUCAUGAAGGGGCCCCUGAUACUUUCUGUGACGAGGACGGGGCAGGCGAGCAAGCGAGGGCGGUCUCUGGGACGACCUUGACCGGGGGACUGGAUGACGUUUUGACCUUGAAGCUUGGACGCCUCGGCGACCGGUGACGCGAGGCAGCUCAGGCGAGGAUCCACACCAAAUCAUCCUGCAGGACAAAACAGACUCAAAGCCGACAACAACGCGUGAAAACAAGGAAGUCGAGCGGUAAAACACAGACUGGGAAGAAAAUAUUUGUGGAGUUUAUUUUUGUGUUUCUUUUUUAACCUUGUAAGUUUUGGGCGGGGGAUGGAAAACAAAAAAAAGCUAUGGUAUGACUGCGUGUUUGUACCGCCUCGUGUGUUUUUUGGACAGCAAGUGGCUAUUUUUCGAGUGAAUGCGGUUGUGAUUGGUUUGUGCGACUGUGCGAGCGCGUGUUGCUGUGUGUGUUUUUGUUUCCCAUCGUGUCCAGCGGGCGCAGCGCCUCCUUGCUGCCGCCGUUGCUGCUGCUGCUGCUUCCUCCUCCAUCACCUGCCUCAGCCUCCAGGACUGAAGCCUGUAAAGAUAUGCAUGCUUUUAUUUUAACGUGAGCGCAGGAGUGUUGUCGGUUCACCCGGUCUGAGGCUCCUUCCUCUGUUUAGUGUCAGCAUGUUGGUGCAGAGCAGAAACAAAUCACGCCAUUAGCACCUCAAACUUUGCCCAACUUGUAGAUCUGCCACCUUUUCUUCGCUUCGGUGUCCUUUCACUAAAUCAACCCUGAUAUAGGUGCGGUUGAGGAAUUAAAUAUAUAUAUAUUUUUUGCAGAUCAGAACUUGUUUUUUCCCUAAAUGCACUGCCAGCCACUGCAAAAUUUCCUAAAAGGAGAAAGCGAUGGCUUUCCAAGAGAAUGACUCCUUGCCAAUGACAGUGUGGUCAAAUAUGUCUGUUUACUAAUCAUUAUCCCGAAUUAACUCUUUGCAAGUGCCACUCGGUCCGUCAGCACUAACAGCCGCGACUGCAGCGAUCUGCCUGCUGACGGGCGACUGGUCUGGUCGGCCUCGGCACAAGAUAGAGGCGAAGCGUUGCGAAUGCUGGAUUCCCGUUUGCUGUGUGUGUGUUUAUCUCUUGAUAAGAAAAAAAGGAAAAUAGACGAGUAUUCUUAGCAGAUUAUAUUGUAUUCUUUUGUUUGCUUUCAGUUUAUUUGGGUUUGUCUACUAUACACCUGUACAACCUCACGCUGCUGGUGAGCGGCUGAGUCCAUGAUGCACUUCCCAGGUGCACUAACUCGAUGCACAGCCAACCUCGCUAACAUUUUUAACAACCUGGAACUGGUCAUAGAUGCACCCGGAUGUUCCAGCACACACUAAUUGGCAAAGAAAGUUUGCUUCGACUGCUUUUGUGGUUUUUUUUCUUAACGGUGAAAAUGAACAAAGGUCAGAUGCACUUCUUUGGAAAUUGCUGCAGUGUGUAUGUGUCCGUAUGAAUGUGUCCGUGUGCCGUUCUGACAGUGGUGUGGAUCCGUUCUGUUAGACUUUAUCUCUGCUUUCAGAUUCCUCGCGCAGAAAAAUCAGAGCCUUUUGUGGUGCUGCGUUUUGGACCUGCUACCAGAGCAGACCCUUAUUUUCUCAAGUUAGUGCUGAGAGUUGUAGCGAAGGAAUGAAAAAAGAUUCAAACUGUAGUUAAAGGUAGAAUAAACCCUGAAAAACAACCUUCAUCACAGGCUGUUAAUGCAAUUUCUGUUAUGCUUGUAGUCGGGGUGGGCGAUGUGGAUCACGUGAAGAUCAUCAUGUGACGGUCGCAAUCUGAAUCACAGGUUCACUUUAAGUCAUAUGAUCAUGGUUGCCGUGAUACAUAAUCAGUGAAAUGAGGCUUCAGGGCCAAGACACAAAUCUCUGCAUCCUGAUUUUACGCUUGUUUUGGUUUAGAUCAGUAGUAGUAAUUCGGAUCUCUGCUGUUACAGAAAUCUACUAACAAGCUAGCUGUCUCAUCUUAUGGUUGAUGUUGUUACUUAGCUGCCUCUAUAGUGCGUCUAUAGAUCUGCAGACCGACUCCAAUCAUGUUUUAUUGCAUCUGGCAAAGAUAUUCGACCAUCCCAUCAUUGACGGACUUAUUCUAAAAAAAAAAAAAGUUCUCAACCUGCUGCAGAUUCUGACAAAACAAAUGUAGACUUUGAGUAUAAGCUUCGCAUUUUAGGCCUCCUUCCCUUUGACAAUCUGGGAAGCAACAGCCUUCGAGCAGCAGAUUUGCAUAAGGCUGUAUUCACCUCUCUACGUGCAAAUGUUCCACCAAAACAGUCACUGCUUUGUAGGGGCACCAUCACUGCAUCCUGAGCUUAACACCGCUGAGGACCGCUUUAUGUAGUUUACAGAAUUAAAUCCAUAGUAGUGUGGUUGUUGUCUAUCUACAGAGUGCUGUGAGUGUUUGGUCUGGCUAUGUGAGACUAUGGUUGAAGCGGUCAUUUAGCCAUCAGUGGGGCUCCUGUAGAGCAGAGUGAGGCCUGUAGUUCUGUUGUGGGACUGGAAAUGCCACUAAAUGACAUUAAGGACCACAACAUGAAGGGAAGCUACAGUCUGCAGCAGCUUAAGGCUAGCAGCAACUGAACUUUGGAAAUGCACGCUUACAAUUAGCACCCUUUAUGAUGCAAACUGUGUGAAAAUAUGUCCACCAUAAAAGGCCAUCACAUCGCCCACUUCUAGCUUGUAGCGCCCCAAAUAAUGCAAUCGGACGCAUGUGCUUUUGUCGAAAGCACUGCGCGACACUGCCAUCUGUAAAACCUGUGAAGUCGGCUACAAACAUUGGCAACAGAACAACCUAAAGUCUCCAGCGAAUAGUUUGAAUCUCUCUGAAUGACACUACAGGACCUCGUUUCAGGUUUAUUCCCCCUUUUCAGCUGAGAUUUUACGUGGAAGGGAGAGUAAAUGUUUACAGAGUUGCCACCCACACAAACUCCUGUCUGUCUGUGUGCAUUUGGAACAAUGGAUCAGAUUACUUAUUUUUAUUUUAUUUUUCAGAUUUGUAUACGAGUGUUGUUCUAUUCAUCAGAUAUAUGGAGAGCAUGUCUUUUUGUUUUUGUUUUGGGAAUCAUCUGUUGGGUUUGGGGGUGACUUGGGUUGAUUUUUAAUUUUAAUUUCUGUGCUACUUUAGCCCAUCCAGAGGUGGUGGUGUGCGAACGAUAAGCGAAACAAUCUAAAACCCCGCUCAUCUCCGCCGCUCAUCACACAGUCAAAGAUUUUAAUCAUCACCCUGUUUAAAACUCGUCAUUCGAACUUCUGUCCCCGUGUUGGACGCUUGAUUCUCCUUUUUUCUGUGUUCUUCUCUCACCAUUCAGGCUCCUUUCACACGCCGACAGCUGGUUUUGUUCUUUUAAAUUUAGCUGUCUGGAUAAAAGGAGGUGUUUUGGAAUUUGAAGGAAACGAGUCUCUUUAGCAUCUUCUUCUCUCAAUCCCGUGAAACUCUGGCAGUACCACGAGGUUUAUGGGCAUUACAGCCGCUUGGAUCACAGACUGAAGGGCUUUGUCAUCUUAUAUCAGUUUGUAGCCACGGCUUGUGGUGUUGAAUUUCCAGUUUUCUCUCUGCGUUUGGAAUCACUUUUGACUUGACAUGCCAGUUCAGUGUUCACAGCAGUAGUUUUAUUUCCUCAUCCUGGACGUCCGCCGUGCUAUUCCUGACCUACAUUUAUAAAUUCUCCCCCUCGCCCCAUCCCAGAAACCAGUUUGUUGGUCAGAUAAUUACCAUUUAUAUAAGCAGUGGUCCCCGCAACACAACCAACCAACCACAGGGGCAGCCUGCAGUCUUUUCUGGGGCGCCUGCCUCCAUCGCCAUCCAUGAAGUGUGCAAAGGGUAGAGCAAAAGGUUUUUUCUGCAUGUCUGUUUCCCUCUGUUCCUCCUCCCCGUCCCCUCUCUUUGAUUUUGAUCUGGAAAUGUCCGAUAGCUUUUAUUUAAUGUGGAAAAAAAAGAACACAGAAAUAAAUUAUUUGAUUUUUUUAAUGCUGUAAA